ACAGCCGGUGGGGCAGGACUGGUUGUUCCUUCGUUUAUCCGUUUUUUCCGACAGUCACAAUUAUUCUCGCGUGCCGGCUCGAUGUCAUUAUCAUCGCGCAAGAGGUGCUGCGCGAGGUUCUUCUCGUUUCGUUGCUCGAAUUCGGUUUUCGCCGCGUAUUCUCAAACAGGCGUGUGACGCCGGCGACCACGGGUACAAGUAAAUACACACAGAUUCACGUUUGAGCUUUUCGAGACGCGUCGUGCUCGAGAUCAUCGGAUUCCAUUUCACGGACGGACGACUCGAAGCCGAUGGGGGAUGACGUUCGAUGGAGAAACAGAUCCAGUGGCUCGCGUCGACGAGGAACGACGCGAUGCGAAUCGGCGACGCGACAAUUUUGGACGUUAACCGGCGAAAAAGUGGAGACGUAAAUGCGAACGACGAGCCAGCGGGACAAGUGGGGAGUUUGCGAACUUCGAAUCGAAACCAUCUCCGGGCCAGAAAUAAUCGGAAGCCGGUCUGGUAACAUUGUUUCUGGGAUUUGUCGACGCAUUGCCGUUCCGUUGGACGAAUCGCGUGCAACAUGUUCGGGACGAAACUACGCACGUGGAUGGAGGCGCAUAUCGUCCGAUCGAAAAAGAAAAAGGACAGGAAGAAGGGCGAAAAAGGAUUCGACUCGAACUGCAACUCUCCGAGAAACCAAAGCGCAAACAGAUCUCCCGGUUUGCACCAGGUACAUCCGGCAGAAUCGCCAGGGAAAACCGUGGACGGGAUUCGAUUGCACGGCAGCGGUAGCUACGUGAGUGCGUCAGCCUCUUCCGGAGCGUCAGCCGGCACUGGAAGCGUGAAUCUCUCCUCUCCGGAAAGCGCCUACAGUACCGGAUACUCGACGGACGGCACGUCACCCGGGACCAGUUACCCGCCGGAAUAUUACAUCAACAUCAGGACCGGGACGCAUUAUUUUCAGAGCAGCGGGAACAACGGCAGACCGAAGAGGCCAACGGACGGAGGAGCGGAUUACCCAGCGGCGACGGGCGUUACCAGCGUUGUCGUCCCCGUCCACGCCGGACAUGGAAUCCUCGAAGCGGCGGCUUGCCUCGCAAACAUGACCAGAAACGAAGACCGAUCGAAAAACGUUCGGAAAACCGAGGCUCCUAGCAAGAUCGGCGAACGUCCGGGAACCGAAGAGUCGAGGGAGGAGCGGUCGCAGCGGGCACACGCGCACGCACACGCCCAACCGGACAGGUACCAUACACGGACCACCACCGAGUCGUUCUCUGCCGAUUCGUCGAGUAGCAACCUCACUGUACCGUCCUCGAUACCACCGCCAUUGGUUUCAUCCUCGGUCCAAUCGCCCCGGGAACGUUCCCGCAUCCGGACCAAUCCCUGGCUCUCCGCCAACUCAUCCGGACCCUGCAACGCCGGCUUCAGGUCCAGACUGAAUCUGGACGAUCCGAAUACUGGAUCGGGCCUGAAGCUCGGGGAAUCCUACGGAAGCGCCAGCGACGUGAACGGGACGCGAGAAGGACGCGCAAGCAAGGAAGUGAAGCAGGAAAGUCUUAGCGCCGGAAGAAGUCCAAUAAACCAAAACUGGAGGAUCGCCUCUGGUAUGGAGAUACGAUCGAAGAUGGCCCUGUUGAUGCAACGACGGAGCAACAGUAGCAGUAGCAGCCGAAGCAGCACCAGCAAUACCGAUAGCUUCAGCGGUGGCGAUAUUACCCUAAACGAGAUGAUGGGUAAAUUCGACGAGAGUUACAUCUACGAAAAAGAGACGGACAUUUUGUCCGACAGCGAUCCAACCGAUUGCGAGGAGUGUAUAGACUCGUUGUCCGACGUCGAGGCAGCCCGCGACGCCGGCGACGAGAACGAUCCGUUGGAGAACAACGAGUUCGAUUACAUCGACAACGGUUCGUUCCUCGGCCUCGACAAUCUCGACUGUUCCGGCCGGUUCCCCAACACCGGACAUUGUACGUAUUUCGCGUUCACCGGCGAGGUCGCCAGACGGACCAGUAAACUACGGGAAUCGUUGUCGAGGCGCAGAAACAAAGAGGACGUAGCUACGAUACAGAGAAUGGCCAGCGCGAAGACCGUCUCCGCGAAACGACAAAGCGGUCGGCACAAGAGGCCCGAGGAGAAGAGCGAGAAACGCAAGAAACGGGUCUCGCAACGACGGAAAUCGACCGUGGACAAGUGCGACGACGAGACGGCGAAUCUGAAUCGCGCGCUGCUAGAGCGUAUGCUGCUGAAGAACUCGGGCUUCAAUCAGCAGGGCAGCAGAAGUGUCGGCGGCACCCCCAUAUGCCUGCGUCGUCAGCGGCACGAUGUCAACAAGAAUCUGUCACCGAUCAGGCUGAACGAGGAGAGGUCAAUAAUAGGUCAUACGAUGGGCGUCGAUACCGAGAUCGUGAAGAGGCGUUCGAAUUCGGUGAGCUACGUGAACGGCAACAUCGUCGGACGAAGGACAGGGUCGUCGGGCAAUGGCUACGUGACCACGUUCGCGUCCGAGAUCGCUCUGAUCGAGGCGGAUAAAGAGGCGGACAAGAAGUAUCGCGAGCUGAUCCUCGAAGCCGAGAAUAUACUGGUGAACAUGCAGCAGACGACACGGAAUUGCUCGUUGCCCGUGGUCCCGUCGCCGACGCGGAAAUUCCACAACGGUCUGGCCAACAAACGCGUCGAACUGAUCAAGAAUACCGAACUGAACAUCGAGCUUGCCCUCUCCAAAAGCCGAAACUCUCAGCCGGAGCUGCAGAGCGGCAGUAUUCGCGACCUGGAGCACACCAGUCCCAAGAGACAGUUCGGCCAACCCUGUUCCCCUAUUCGUAGAUUCGCGGAGAGGAACGCGACUGGCGCGCUUCUACAGAAGGAGAACUGUUACAGGUCGGAAGCGCCAAUGAAAUAUUUGCCCGGUGACUCCCCGAUCGCGGCGAGAAGAACGCCGCCCCUCCAUUCGCCCGGUAAAACUCUACUUCGAUCUCCUUGUCCAGCGAGACGAGAGCAAGAGAACAACGGAUCACCGCGACCUCCAACUGUAAUCUACAACGGGAUCCGACGAGUUCACCUCGACACGGAGCAACUACCUGCUACGACGACGAUGCGAUCCGAGGUUCGUUAUCAUAACAGCAGCCCUCGCGCUGCUGUGUUACCGCGACGGGACAUCCUCGGGUGGGACGGGAAUGACGUUUGUGUCUCGAAGCUGGCGACCAAGGAGGAAGGCGUCACGUCCAGUUCCUCGGAUUCGGAGGAAAGGUGCGACGUUAGAAGACGACCGCCUUUGAUGACCUUCAGGUCGAUCGAUAUGGUCCCGACGAAACAGGGAUCCCCUUCCUACUGUCCGCAGAGCGAGCCGGUCAAGAGGAAAGUGUACGCAGGUAGUGUGACUUACGGGAGAAUACAGAAAACUUUGGGGGAACACGUUGCUCUGAGAAAUUCAGACGGUGACACCGCGACUGACGACACCGACGACUCGAGAAAAUCGUUGAAAGAGAAGGUGGCCCAGCUUCGUCGGGAACGAUCGCUCGCUGCGGAGGCUCAAGAUUCCCGAAUGUUUCAGCAGCAAAUGUCGCAACUCCGGAGACAAAUGCUGAUGCACACGAUAGAGGGCUUGAAACGAAGCCUCGAAGAUCAAUCGGCGACCCUGAAACAGACAUGCUUGGAUCCGGUAAUGUCCGACCAGUUACCAUGAAUCGAGAAGAACUAGAAGAAAACUCGUGGAACGCUUUCGCGUCGCGUGAUGAACAAAUGAAUC